CGUGACCCGCUCCUCCUUUACUCCUCGAUCCACCUCUGCCUUCAAUCGCACUCGCACUCGCACUAAUCGAAUGCCUCUUUCUCGUAAAAUAAUGGCCAUAGCUUUGCAACCUGCUCAAGAAGCUACUACAGUUUCGAAAAAACCUCCUACGAAGGAAAGGCGAGUAGUUGUGACAGGCAUGGGUGUGGUAACGUCACUUGGUCAUGAUGCAGAUGUCUUCUACAAAAAUUUACUUGAUGGUGUUAGUGGCAUAAGCGAGAUUAAUGCUUUUGAUUGUGCAGAAUUUCCAACGAGGAUUGCUGGCGAGAUCAAGUCUGUCUCAGCUGACGGUUGGGUAGCGCCAAAGCUCUCAAAGAGAUUGGAUAAAUUUAUGUUGUAUAUGUUAAUAGCUGGGAAAAAAGCGUUGGUUGAUGGUGGAAUCACUGAAGACAUAAUGAAUGAGUUAAAUAAACAAAAAUGUGGGGUUUUGAUUGGCUCAGCAAUGGGUGGGAUGAAGGUUUUCAGUGAUGCUAUUGAAGCUUUACGAAUAUCAUAUAAGAAGAUGAAUCCAUUUUGUGUACCAUUUGCAACGACAAAUAUGGGUUCUGCCAUUCUUGCUAUGGAUUUGGGUUGGAUGGGCCCUAAUUAUUCAAUCUCCACAGCUUGUGCUACAAGCAAUUUCUGUAUACUUAAUGCAGCAAACCAUAUAACUAGAGGUGAAGCUGACAUGAUGCUUUGUGGUGGUUCAGAUUCUGCUAUUAUACCAAUUGGCUUGGGAGGCUUUGUGGCAUGCAGGGCACUCUCUCAGAGAAAUAGCGAUCCUACUAAAGCUUCACGCCCUUGGGAUAGUAACCGCGAUGGAUUUGUUAUGGGUGAAGGGGCUGGAGUUUUGCUUUUAGAAGAGUUAGAGCAUGCUAAGCAAAGAGGAGCAGAAAUAUAUGCAGAGUUCCGUGGUGGAAGCUUCACUUGUGAUGCUUAUCAUAUGACGGAGCCUCACCCUGAUGGGGCUGGUGUGAUUCUUUGCAUUGAAAAGGCACUAACUCACUCGGGACUAUCAAAAGAGGAUGUGAACUACAUAAAUGCACAUGCCACGUCUACGCCGGCUGGAGAUCUCAAGGAGUACCAGGCUCUGAUGCAUUGCUUCGGUCGCAAUCCUGAGCUUAAAGUGAAUUCCACUAAAUCUAUGAUUGGCCAUCUUCUAGGGGCAGCUGGUGGAGUCGAAGCUGUUGCAACAGUGCAGGCAAUAAGGACAGGGUGGAUUCAUCCCAAUAUCAAUCUGGAAAGCCCAGACAAAGGAGUGGAUGCUAAUGUGCUUGUGGGCCCAAAGAAGGAGAGACUGGAAGUCAAGGCAGCACUGUCUAAUUCAUUCGGUUUUGGUGGCCACAAUUCCUCCAUCAUAUUCUCCCCUUUCAAAUAAAACAUGUUGCAGUCUAUGUGCUUCCUUUAUUAUAAAGAGACGCUAGAUUUCACUCAAUUUGCCUCUGAUAGGUUUUAAGUCUUCAUGGUUGUAUCUUGCAGUUGUUAACCCGGCAAAGUGUUGCAUACUAACACUACUCCCUUGGUUAAGUUAAACAUGUAUCUGGUGUGAUGAUCAUUAUGUUCAGAAAGAUUUAUGAGGUGACCCUUCUGAAUCAAAGUCUCCGGAGAUUGUCCGUUGCUGCCGCCUGCCGGUGAAGUUAGAAUUGGGUCUAUCAGCGGCCAGAAAGCUCCUAUUUGACCAUGAAUGGCUAGAGUAGGAAUUUGAAUGUAACAGUUGGACAACAAAAAACUUGAUGGGGACAUGGACAUUGUUUUAUUCCCAUCUAUCUACCAGGAGAAGACCAUAGAUUGGACAUAAAUCAAUUGUAACUGUUUUUCUUAAGCUGGAUAAAUUUUAGGUUACAUUUUCCGCUAAAUCAGAGGUUAUAAAGUCCUGUCGUGUAAUGGGUGGCCAGCUUUGCGCUAGAACCCAGUUUUUUUAAGGUCAAAACCAGCAUUAGAACCAUAAAAAAGUAAUUUUAACACUACUGUUUAUUACAAUUUUCCGCCGACGUGUUUGUUGAUUGAAAUUUAAAAAAAUAAAAUACUGAGUUGGAGAUGAUUAUAUCAUCUUUAGUAUA